AUGGAGCACGUGGCCAAAGACUGCAUAGCUGAGGGGCGAUGCUGGCUAUGCAAAAGCAACAAGCACCCAGGCGCCCUGCAUCCAGACUCUGAGCCGCCGCAGCAGACGGGCCCCAGCCCUCCCUCGACCCAGGAGCCACAACGGGCUACCAAAGCGCACCUGGGGGUGGCAGCGAGUGUCGACGGCAGGGCAGAAUGUGGCGACUCCCCUCCCCAUCGCUCGUGGAAUCAGAUCUAUUUAGCUAACAUCUACCCCGAUGGACGCCCAGAGGAAGCUGUGAAGAUGUGUGUCAUGGUGCCUAAUCAGAGCGAUCGGUCGCUGGCCAGGUCCACAUUCUUCGACCUCUUUGAUGUCCAAAAGGAAGAAGUGAACUUUAUGAUAUCAAUGUGCACCGGAUCACGAAGCCCAGUGGGGAGGAAAGCUACUGGACUCUGUAUAGAGUCAUUAGAUGGGACCUCCUCGUUCUCACCACCGCCCAGUGGGAUGGGAUACCAGACGACCGCAGCAAGAUUGCAAUACCAGAGCUUCAAGAAGAAUUUCGGCUGCGGCACCAGCAAGGAGGAGAAGCGGAAAUCCGAGCAGGCCUACAGCAUCAUCAAGAGCGAGUACCGGGCGUUGGGCCGGAUGAAGUUCUCCGAGGCGGCUGUCCUCAUCCUCUUCAUCGCCCUGGUGGUCCUUUGGUUCACACGGGAGCCUGGCUUCAUGCCCGGAUGGGCCAACGCACUCUUCAGCCAGAGGGCAAAGAGCCACAUCACGGACGCCACCGUGGUCAUCUUCAUCGCCCUCCUGAUGUUCUUAAUCCCCUCCGAAUUGCCCAGGUGUUCUUCCGGGGCCCAGCAGGAAGGCAGCCCGGGCCAGAUCCGCGCGCCCCCCGCCCUCCUGGACUGGACCACCGUCAACCGGCAAAUGCCCUGGAACAUCGUCAUCCUCCUGGGCGGGGGCUUCGCCUUGGCCAAAGGCAGCGAGGUCUCCGGCCUGUCCAGCUGGUUGGGGAACAAGCUGACGCCGCUGCAGAACAUCCCCCACCCGGCCAUCACCUUCCUGCUCUGCCUGCUGGUGGCCGUCUUCACCGAGUGCACCAGCAACGUGGCCACCACCACCCUCUUCCUGCCCAUCCUGGCAUCCAUGGCCCAGGCCAUUGAGCUGAACCCCCUCUACGUGAUGCUGCCCUGCACCCUGGCCGCCUCUCUGGCCUUCAUGCUGCCGGUGGCAACGCCGCCCAACGCCAUCGUCUUCUCCUACGGCAACCUCCGCGUCAUCGACAUGGUCAAAGCCGGGUUUAUGCUCAACAUCCUGGGCGUGCUGACCAUCAUGCUGGCCAUCAACACCUGGGGUGUACCCAUGUUCAACUUGCGCCAGUUUCCAGCCUGGGCCCACGUCAACGCCACCCGAUGCUGACGGGGGCGGGGGGGAGGGAAGAGGGUGACCUGAACUCGGAGCAGCUUGCCCGGCCCUGAGCUGGUUUCUUGGGCAUCCGGUGGCCUCGCUCUGGGGGGGGGCACAACGUAGCUCAGACCGGCCCGGCCCUUGAGGAUGGGCACGGGUCCUCUGGGCACCAGCCUCCCUUGCCCCCGAAGGACGCCCAGCCUGCCGUGUUGCCAGCCAGCGAGACUUGAUUUUCUGCCUAAGCAGCGCUGGGGGCGGCCUGGCACAAGGCUCGGGGGGGGCUGCCCCUAUGCCCACCACGGGUAGAGCAGCUUCCGCAGGGCACCUCUGUGCCCGCCCCAGUCCUGCUCCUGCCGGCCACGCCCCCAACCUCUGGACGCAGCUGCCUGCCCGGCCCCCGGCCUGACGCUUCCCUCUCAGCUGGACUGCAACAUCUCCCGCCAGGGCCGGCCCCUGGGCUCCCGUCCGGACACAAGGAGACCGGAAGUCGGUCAAAUAAACCCAUUUUCAGCCACGCCUCCUUCCUGG